AUGGAUCAAUUUCGUGGUUUAUUUCUGAAACUAGACAAGGACGAGGAUGGCUUCAUAUCAGUCGCAGAACUUCACAGUGAGAUGAAGAAAUCUGGGAUCCUCUCUCGGGAUGAAAAGAUUCAGCGCAUCAUUGACGCCUAUGACAAGGACAAUGACGGACGAUUGGAUUAUUCGGAGUUCCUCAGUUACAUGAUGGACAGUGAGAGGAAAUGGAAAAUUCACUUUGACAAGCUUGACAAGAACAAGUGCGGAGUGAUUGACCAGGACGAAAUCAUUUGUUUGUUUAAGGAGUUAGGAGUGGUCAUAUCACAGCCGAAUGCAAAAAGAAUAAUACAAAUGAUGGAUAAGGACAACUCCAUGACAGUAGAUUGGGAGGAGUUCCUUCAGCACGUCAUCCUCAAUCCGGCAGACAACAUUGGGGAGCUGGUGUCUUCGUGGAGACACAGUUUGGUUUUUGAUGUGGGUGAGAGCCGCAUGUUGACCUUAGAGCUCCCUGAGGAGAACUCUGGUUCAGGGACGUGGAGGAGGUUUGUCCUAGCAGCAGGGCUGGCGGAUGCCGUGUCCAGAACUGCGACAGCUCCCAUCGACCGCCUGAAGACCCAGCUCCAGGUCCAUGGAUCCAAGGCGUUCUCCCAAGGCUUGCAAGAGUUGAAGGCGGGUGGCCUGCGUGCUAUGUGGCAAGGGAACACUGUUAAUGUACUGAAAGGAACACCACAGUCAACUCUACAGUGUCUUAUCUACUCCCAGAUGAUGGCGUACACCCAGAACAGAACCCAGCAGACUCUGUCGGUGCAGGAGCGGUUUGGACAGGGCUGUGUAUCCGGUGCGGUCGCCCACUCUGUCUUCUACCCCUUAGAGGUGUUGAAGGUGAGGCUAAACCUGCAUCAGGGUGGCACCCUCGGCCUUGUGGACUAUGUGCGGUCGAUUUACAGAAAUGAGUCUUUCGCUGCCUUUUACAAAGGAUUCGGGCCUAGCAUCCUAUGCAUGAUUCCCUAUGCAGGUGUGGAGUGUGCAGUUCAUCAGUCAAUUGUGAACUGGGCAAAGAGUGACCCGGCCUACAGCAGUGAAUCCAAACUCUUUUUCUUCAGUUUUGUGGCCUUUGCUUCUGGACAAAUAACCAGUUACCCCUUGGCGGUGAUCAGAACUCAGCAACAAGCCCAGGCUUUCUGCUCGGAUUCGCCGCCAGGCUCAAGUGUACUACAAGGUCUCAUUGGGACCUAUGAAAGAAAUGGAAUCCGAGGAUAUUACAGUGGAAUGGGAGCAAGCUUUAUCAGGGCGAUUCCAUGUGCCCUGCUGAACUACACUUUAACCAGAAAACUCGAAAUGGUUCUGGCCUCAGCAUAGUUAUCUGAUUUGGAAAAAUUAGCACUGUAUAACUUAACAACUUUGAAUCCAAGACAUCUGUUUUUUGGGGUUUUUUUGCAAACAUAUUUUUCAUGGAACAGCAUCAGGAAGAAAAAAUUAAAAGAAAGAACGAGAUAAAUCUCAGAUGUGUCCUAAAAUAACUGAAAUCCAAACCCCCCCCCCAAAAAGCCUUCAGAACUCAUAUGCAUAAGUUUUUAAUUGAAUCAUAAUAAUGUAUCUCUGAAGGUCCAAGUCUCUAAAUGUGUUCCAGACUUAAUUCACUACAUACUUUUUACCACUGGAGCUUGAACCUGUGAAAGCCUGUACAGUCGAUAGUUUGGCAUUGAGUGAGAGCAGAAUGACAGCAAUGACUUGAGGAGAAUGUUUAAUGCAAUGCAACACGUAAUUAUUUGCAUGUUUGAGUUCACAUACAUUGCUUCCUGCAUUAUUUGUGACCAAACAAAGUGAAUGUCUAGUCAUUAUAGACCAGUUGGAGAACAUGUAUGUUCUGGUGGGCUGCAGUGGGUCAGUUUAUGUUGGAAAAUAAAUGACAUUUAA